AUGGACUGUUCCUGUGAAAAGGCUGAAGGAGACCAGUUACCUGCAGAACACGCUGUCAGCCCGGACGAGACGUGCAAAAGCAGGGCCCUGAAAGCUGCAACUUUGGAAAAGCUGGUGGAGACGCUUCCAAUGGCAUUUGCGGAUAAUGACUUUACAUACAUCAACACCUUCCUCUCAACGUACAGGGCCUUUGCUUCCACCAGCACAGUCCUGGAGCUGCUCCUGGACAGAUACGGAAACCUGGAGAUCUCAGGCUCUGAAGAGCGUGGAAGCCAGAAUUCCCCCGGAUCCAGCACAGUGCUCAGGACUGCGAUCGCAUCGAUUUUACAAGCCUGGCUCGACCAAUGUGCCGAGGAUUUCCAAGAGCCGCCCGACUACGUGUGUCUGCUGAAGGUGCUGAGUUAUCUGAAGAAGAACAUGCCCGGCUCUGACCCGGAGAAGAGGGCGCAGAACCUCCUGGAGCAGUUCCAGAAAGAAGAACUGGAGAAUGAUGACGCGUUCCACAGCCUUUCUCCCUGCAACCUGGAUGAGGAAGAGGAACUGGAGAUCAGCGGUGCACAGGAAUUCUCAUUGUUCCAAGAAGAGCUGGUGGCAGAACAGCUGACGUACAUGGACGCGACACUCUUCAAGAACGUUGUGCCCCACCACUGCCUGGGCUGCAUCUGGUCCCGCAGGGACAAGCAAGAGAACAAACACCUGGCACAGAGCAUCAGAGCCACCAUCUCGCAGUUCAACGCCGUCACCAACUGCGUGGUCAGCACCGUCCUGGACAGCAGAGAAUUAAAGACACGGCAACGAGCGAAGACCUUGGAGAAGUGGAUCCGUAUCGCACGUCAAUGUAGGAUCCUGAACAACUUUUCGUCUUUGAAGGCCAUUGUUUCCGCACUGCAGUCCACCUCCGUUUAUCGCCUGAAGAAGACCUGGGCCUGCGUUCCAAAGGACACAAUGCUGAUGUUUGAAGAGCUCUCAGAAAUCUUCUCCGACUGUGACAACUUUGCGACGAGCAGGGAGCUGCUGCUGAAGGGAGUCACCCAAGGCACGGUACCUUACCUGGGUACCUUCCUCACAGACCUCGUCAUGCUGGACACAGCCCUUCAGGACUAUCUCGAGGGCGGCCUGAUCAACUUUGAGAAGCGGCGAAGGGUGAGUGGAACGUUGACUGUUCUGUGGUCGUUAGUUGCUGACGCUCUCUGCUAGAGCGUUCUCUUGGCGAGGCCUGUUGUCUUUGCUCGGGCGUAUCCAACAGCCGCUCACGUUACUGCAGAUGGUGAGUGUGAGUGUGAGCGCACGACGUGCAGAGCCGGGGAGGAUCAGGCUCUGCUGUCAUCACAGGCACCUCUAGUUAUGUCCCUCGCUUAGUGCCUGAGAACCAGCUCCGUACAGAGCGGGAUUCCUCUCUCGGCGCCGCUCUGGCCACGCAGGGCUGAGCGGGAAGGCUGAGCUGCAGAGCUGCAUUGUUGGAAAC